AUGCAAAACCAAAGCUUCAUAACUGAAUUUGUCCUCUUGGGACUUUCCCAGGAUCCGAAUGUUCAGAAAAUAGUAUUUGUUGUAUUUUUGUUUGGCUACAUAGCCACUGUUGGGGGCAAUAUGCUUAUUGUUGUGACCAUCAGCAACAGCCCGGCACUCCUCGGCUCCCCCAUGUACUUCUUUCUGGCUUUCCUAUCAUUUCUGGAUGCAUGCUUUGCCUCUGUUAUUGCGCCCAAGAUGGUCGUGGACUCCCUCUAUGAGAGGAAAACCAUCACCUUUGAAGGCUGCAUGAUCCAGCUCUUUGCUGAACACUUCUUUGCUGGAGUGGAGGUGAUCGUCCUCACUGCCAUGGCCUAUGACCGCUAUGUGGCUAUUUGCAAGCCCUUGCACUAUUCCUCAAUCAUGAACUGGAGGCUCUGUGGCAUUUUGAUGGGAGUAGCCUGGGCAGGAGGUUUCUUGCAUUCUAUGAUACAAAUUCUCUUUAUAUUCCAGCUGCCCUUCUGUGGCCCCAAUGUCAUAGAUCACUUCAUGUGUGAUUUGUACCCGUUGUUGAAACUUGCCUGCACUGACACUCACAUCUUUGGCUUUUUGGUGGUUGCUAACAGUGGGUUUAUCUGCAUCAUAAACUUCUCCUUUUUGCUGGUCUCCUACUGUGUCAUCUUGCGGUCCCUCAGGUCUCACAGCUCUGAAGGCCGGAGGAAAGCUCUCUCCACCUGUGGGUCUCACAUUGCUGUCGUGGUUUUGUUCUUUGUCCCGUGCAUAUUUGUGUAUGCACGACCCCCAGCUGCUCUCUCAUUUGACAAGAUGGUGGCCAUAUUUUAUACCAUUCUAACUCCACUACUCAAUCCUUUGAUUUAUACUUUUAGGAAUAAGGAGGUAAAAACUGCCAUCAAGAAGUUGUGGAGUAAAUUGCUGGUAGUUUCUGAUGAAAAUUAA